AUGUUGCUCCGCUCCAGCAUACAUAUCUGCGGGAGGGCGAUCGGAGCGGGUCCUGCGUCUUUGCUCCUCGCUCGAUCUCUGCUGAGAAGUUCAAUACCAUUCCUGAUCUUCGAGCGCGAUCAGUCCAUAUCUUUCCGUGGUCAAGGCUAUAGACUCAGACUUUCCUCAGAAGGCUUGGACGCCAUCGAAGACGUACUCGGACCCGAGCCCCAAGGCUUUCCCAAAUUUUGGGCAGCAUGCUCGAAAACAGGCGGCACACGUGGCUUCGGUGCUAUCAAUGCCAUCACAGGUUCUGAUGUUGAGGACGUAUGGGAGCGGCCAGCCGCUCCAGGACAGCAGCAGCCGACUAAGGAAAUUCUCGCGUCCCGAGAUGGCAAGACCAUUGGCAUCUCCCGUGGAGAGAUGCGAGCACUGUUCCUAGAAGGUUGCGAAUCCCACAUUAGAUGGGGCCACCAAGUCACAGGAUACGAGUUGACUCCAGACGGAGUCCAAGCUGUCUUCAAAGAUGGCUCAAAAUCCCAGGAAGGUUCCUUGCUCGUUGCCGGCGACGGCAUCUAUUCGAAAGUAGCCAAACAAGUAUCACAUGGUCGAAUCAAGACAUUUGACACAGGAGCCAGAGGCGUUCACGGACAAGCUUCAACGACAGCAUUUAAAGGGCUGGACGAGGGGGUCUGGCGUAUUCUGGACGAAAGUCGACCUGGUGGCAGGGUGGGCGUCAUCACUAAUGUUCGUCCUAACGACAUGAACAAUCCCGAUGUCGAAUUCGGAUGGACGAUGAAUGGUCAAUCUGGAGUAAUCAAGCCUCCAAACGAUGACUUUGCGAUCAUUGGGAAACCAGCUGCCGAUAUCGCCCGAUCGCUGACUGCGAAUUGGCAUCCACGGGUGAAGCCGAUGUUUGAUCAGAUCAAUGAGGACCAAGCAGCAUUCUGGAAAAUCACUUGUUCGAGCCCUAGCGGUGUUCCAGAGUGGCCAAACGAGCCACGCGUCACGGUGAUGGGAGAUUCAGUUCACAGUAUGACCCCAGCUGGUGGUAUCGGAGCCAACACUGCCGUGCGUGAUUCAGCAUUACUUGGACGACUAUUGAGGGAAGCCGGCGGCUGGGCAGAGGACGUCACUGCGUCCUACGAGAAGCAAAUGAGAAUAUACGCAUCCGAAGCAGUGGCAAUUUCUUACGGGUUAGCAACGACCGGAUUGGGAAUCAAAAUCGACGAGGAAACCACUCCUACCGUUGGUUAG